AUGAAGAAUCCUUCAACGUUAUUUAAUGACGAUUCGAUACAAGAAGAUCUAGUGAAUCAGACAUCUAACGUCAAAUCGAAAAUCUUGGAUCAAGACGGUGAAAGAGAUUGCACGUUUCACAAAACAAAAAAAGAAUCGUAUUAUGAUGGCGAAGAGGAUAAGAGCAACACGAAUACGGGAUCCUUUGUCGAUCCAGUUGACAUUGAUGAUGAGCUCAGAAGACUCAAAAAAGUGUGCAAAAUUCCUUACUGGUCGGGUUCGAGCUUUUUUCCGGUUGAAACUUUGCCAAUUUUGUCGUGGAAAAUUCCCAGACGCAAGAAGAAAUCCACCGAUGAUUCGAAGACUUCCACUGGAAUCGAAUUGCCAGACAUCUUGGCAAAAUCUGGUUCCAUUCAUGAGAAAUGUAUGAAACCGACGGAGGCUUUUUGGGGACUGACAACUUCCGUUGAUCUGUUUUGUGUGGAUUCGACUUCGCCAUCGCUGUCGUUGGAUUCUUCCGUGACAAGCAAGAAGAUGAAGAUUCUUGACGUUUCGACUCCGUUGCCGCAAAAAUUGACCAAGGGGCUCGAAAAAUUUAAGGACCCUGCAGAUAUGACUGAGGAGCUCGCCAAAUUGAAAACUCUGUUCAAAAGACCAUAUUGGGUGAAAUCUGGUGAUGAAUAUCAAGUGCAAUCUCUCGAAACCGAGAUAUCGAAUCUUGAAGCUUUCAAUAAAUUGCCAAAGGGGCAGCGUAAAAGAAAUGCUCGCGGACAAUUUCUCAUCAAUUAG